AUGCUCCUAUCAAAGGAUCACCCUAACUUCCGUUGGAACAACAAUGAUAACGUGGUUUGGCCUAUUCAAGGUGUCUAUAACACGCCACCUGGUUUCCAAGUCCCUAGACAACAAGCAUAUCAACAAGCUUUAAGCAAAUCAUUGGAGGAUAUGCUCAAGGACAUGGCACUUCAUACCUCUACAUUCAUGCAAGAGACCAAGGCUCAAUUUAAGGAGCAAGGGCAAUCAAUCAAGAACUUAGAGAGACAAGUUGGGCAACUUGCAAGUAAUAUGCAAAAUAGGCCUCCCGACACUCUUCCAAGCACAACUGUGCCUAAUCCUAAGGGUGAGAGUGUUGCGGAGCUCCAUGCCAUGACUUUGAGAAGUGGAAAGCAAUUGGAGGAACCAAUAAGAGCCAUAGAGAAGUUCAUGAACUCAAAGAAGGAGCAACAUGAGAAAGACAUCUUGGAAACCUUUCGGAAAGUCCAAGUGAACAUCCCUUUUUUGGAUGCCAUCAAACAAGUGCCCAAAUAUGCUAAGUUUCUCAAGGAGUUGUGUACUAACAAGAGGAGGUAUAAAGAUAAGGAAACCGUGGCCCUUAGUGAGGAAGCCUCAACGGUACUUUUGAGAAAAUUGCCUCCUAAGUUGAAGGAUCCUGGAAGAUUCACCAUCCCUUGCACAAUUGGGGAACGCAGGUUUGAAAAAGCUUUACUUGAUUUAGGAGCUUCUAUUAAUCUAAUGCCCUAUACUGUGUAUGAAACUCUUAAGUUAGGUGAGCUCAAGGAUACUCAAGUCACCAUUCAACUAGCGGAUUGUUCUAUAGCCUUUCCUAAGGGCAUAGUUGAAGAUGUCUUGGUGCAAGUGGGAGAGUUGAUCUUUCCAGCGGAUUUCUUUAUCUUGGAGAUGGAGCCUGAGCCUAUGCCAUAUGACCUUCCUCCCAUUCUUGGUCGCCCAUUCAUGAGAACUGCACGAACAAAGAUUGAUGUCUAUGAGGGGACCUCAACAAUGGAGUUUGAUGGCGACAUUAUAUGCUUCAAAAGCUUUGAGGCCAUGAGGUAUCCGAAUGAUGUUCAUACUUGUUUUUCCAUAGAUGCCUUUGAUUAUCUUUUGCAGGAUACUUUUAAUGCAAGUGUGGGGGAGGAUAAACUCAAGAGCACAUUAGAAUUAGGAUUGGAGCAAAACGACUUUCAACUAGUCGAAGGUGAUACUUCAACUGGACAAAUGCAGGGGAAAGACACAAAUCCAAGGGUCUCCAAUGAUGUAGUUUGGAACCAUGAACACAUGGAAACAGUCGCUGCACUUGAGGCACACCCUCAAGUACAAGGUAAGCCUUCUAACUUUAUUUCCCUUCCAAUUUCAGAUGCAAAACUUGUACCUUCUGUGAUUCAGGCACCCAAAGUAGAGCUUAAACCAUUGCCGGAUCAUCUCAAGUAUGCUUAUUUGGGAGAUAAUGAGACAUUGCCGGUUAUUAUUGCUUCUAACCUUUCGGCACAUGAGGAGGUAAAGCUUGUCCGAGUUCUUAGAGAGCACAUGAAAGCCAUAGCUUGGAGCAUUGCAGACAUUAAGGGAUUAGUCCAUCCAUGUGCAUGUAUCACAUUCACCUUGAGGAGGAUUCAAAACCUUCAAGGGAAGCUCAAAGACGAUUGA